CAGUGGCAUAUUAAGUUUUGACAGAUUUUGGAGAUAGUAUCGACUAUUUUGAGAAAUAACAAUUUUAUUCAUAUAAUCCCCAAUAUACAGUGCAAAAAUUAAAAUAAAGUGUAAAAAUAAACAGUUCUUAAAAACAGCGUGCAUCUGAGUGCGAGGCACUCUAAUUCUACUACAAUGGAUGUGUUGUUUGGGCCGAAUUCGGUUGACGAACCGAGCCUACUCUACAAACUACAACGUAAAAUCAAAGUGUUCAACACAAAUGAUCCUCUACCGAACAGAGGGUACAACCUGGUGGCCUGUGCCAGCAAGUAUGGACUUGUUUUUGUUGCUUCUCCCGAUGGCAACUUAACGGUAUACUACUUACAACAACUGAUUGACAAGGAGAGUGAGCCGCAGCACAUGACAAUCAAACUACAAGAGAAGCCGACUCAUAUUGCUGCGAGUUGUGACCAUGAAAUGUUAGCCGUCACUGGAGGACAACUGCUGACUAUUUACAAAAUUACUGACUUUCAGAAUCCGAAUGUAUCACCAGCACUUACUCUGAGGUGUGAUGUUAACCCGUCAACCUUUGUGUCAGCUUUACAAUGGAAUCCUUGCAUCCCUGACACAAUUGCCAUAGCUUACUAUGACGGCACCCUGCUAGUGUCACAAGUUAGCACUUCUCAAAUCAAAAAAGUGCCAUCUAAGGCGAGAUGCCUAUGCUGGAGUCCUAAAGGCAAACAAAUAGUGACAGGCAACAGCGAUGGCACCCUUAGCCAGUACAAGCCGGAUCUGACUCCAGCUAAGACCAUUGCUGCACCCAACUUGAUAGAAGGCGCCCCUGUAGAAGCAUUGGCAGUCUACUGGAUAUCUACGUUUCAGUUUGCCGCUGUGUAUAAGAAUGCUACGGAUAAUAGCCGGCCAGCCGUUACCAUCAUAAAUACGCCGAAAGCUGGGCAGGCUAGCUGUCAGAACUAUGAAGAUAUAUGCUACAGUAUGGGGUCGAAUAGACCUUGGUACUACUAUUUGCUGGGCUUGGCACAAUGGAAUAUAAUAAUGGCGUCUUCAUCAAACGGCAUGGAGAUAGCAUCCCUUGGAUCAGCUGAUGGAGCUAAUUGGGUGCAGUGGUGCCAGCCUGAUGAAGCAAGACCGGAACUGCCUCUGACUGAUAAGAAACAGGAGAACUAUCCAGUCGGAUUGUGUAUCGACACCUGCGCUGCGCACCAAAUUCAAUGGGAUGAGAACACAACUCUCCCACACAUGCCUCUCUUACACGUGGUGUCACAAAGUGGUCUGCUCACGAUAUUCAACGUCAUUAACUUGAACAAACAAGCGGCUCAAGUGUGCUCGCCACCGCAGCAGAUUGUAUUGCCGGCUGCUGCUAUGACUGCCUCAAUCCCCGGAGAGGCACCGCCGCAAGCUGCGCCGGCGCCGACGCCCGCGCCCGCCCCUGCGCCUGUGGCUGUACCUCUCGCUCAACCUAAACCUCAAGUAAUACAGCCUCAAGUACAGUCGAUGCCAGCGCAGCCACAAGGACCCCCACCACAGUACAACAUACUGAACCAACCGAAACCGCCCAGAGUACAGGCUCAGACUCAACUGUUUUCUGCAGCGCCACAACAACUGGAACAGAAACCAACGCCGGUAGAUAUUAAGCCAUCACCUAUAGCUCAGUUGCAAGCUACAGUGGCACAAACACCCGCAGCGCCCAAACUGACGCCAGCACAAAUACAAGAAAAUGCCGCAUUAAAAGCCGAACAAGAGAAGAUCAACGAAAUGAAAGCCAAUCAGGAACUCAAGAAUAUGCUCGUCAAAGAAGUUAAUGACUUCCAAAUGGAGCUCUAUAAGUUUAUGGUGAAGACUAGAGAAACUCAGGCUAAGUUACAACGCGACAUAGACUCAAUCAACGCCAGUUUCAACUACAACUCUCAAGACGCGGAACAACUAAGAAAGGAAUGCUCUUCCGAUGAAUUGCGCAACGCCAUCGCGCAACUCAAGCUGGAGCUCGUUCGCGCAUGCGCUGUAGUCGCUGAGGCGAGAACGCAUGCUGAAGCAAAGGAUAGUCACCAAUGGACUCAAGCGGAUCCUCUAACAACGAAACGAGUAGCAUCUGUGAAGAAACUCGCGUAUUACGUACAAAACCAACUCGAACAAGCUCAGAAGUCCCUCGACUAUAAGUGGAACGAAGCUGUAUUGAGGGAUUCACAGUCUAACAAGUCAGGUCCACACAUGAUACGUCCAGUCCUAGAUGACGUAUACCAGCCUCUAGUCAAACAACAAGAGAUAUUAAGUCGACAGCAAGCUGUAUUACGUACACUGAGGAAUACGCUCAACGAGUGUGACGUCACACCUAUGUUCAAAUCCACUUCGCUGCUGAGAAACACGCCGUUCAGGAACAAGGAUCCUCUCUCAAAACUUACAAAGAAUAUUCUAAACAUGAGUUUGGAUACAAACGACGGUAAGAAGAAGGAGUCACUACUUACAGCGCAGAAACUCGAUGCAUUAAGAGAUAUGCUUUCAAACCAUAAGACGGUGAAAAUCAAGCCUGUGAACGUAGAAAUGAGACAGCAUUUAGCAACAAUGAGAAUGAAUUAUGAAAAGAGUUUGAAAGAAAAAGUUCAAACGGAGAAGGAAGUUGUCAAAACUGAGCCUGAGGUAGAAAUUAAGCCUGUGAUUAAACAAGUGCAACCUCAACCAUUUGUAGCACCUAAAAUGGAGCCGAAAGUAGAGCCUAAGCCGGAGCCGUUCAAGCCGUCGCCUAUCAACGUGCCGUCGUUCACGCCCGUCGGUGGCAUGAAGCCUACUGUACCGGGACUGGCUAGUGUGGCCCGAACACUGUUUUCUGAAGAACCUAAAUCCGAGCCACCGAAGCCACAGCCUCAAGCGGCACCCUUAAAGCCCGUAACACCAGCGUUCAGUUUCUCAAGCACCCCCGCUUCAGCAGACACGAGAAGCGUCCUCAAAGACUUACUACAGAAUAAACAAGCUAAGAACGAUGCUAACACCUUCAUGGGACAACCUAUUUGUUCUCCUACUUCUUUUGCAUUUACAACAACAGCAGCAACAUCAACCCCGGCGCCAACACUAUUCACGAGCAAACCCGUAGGAGAUAACAUGUUCAGUAAAUUCCAACCACAGACAUUUGUACAAGAUUCUAAACCGCAGGCUUUUGCUCCGGAACCUAAAACUCAAGCAUUCACUGAACCGAAGCUACCAGCCUUCUCAGCUGAGCCAAAGCCUUUCGCAGAAAAUAAACUAGCCACUUCGAUAUUCAGCAGUCCAAAAUCAAGCGAAACUGGGGAGCCUGAAGCUGAAACUAAAACUGUAUCUCUUAAACCUAAGACUGAUAAACUGACAAAUUUGUUCGCUUUGAAGACUUCUACUCCUAUUGCUAGUCCAAUUGUACCUGAUGUUUUGAAGACUACGAGUGUUAAGACUGAUGCAAGUAAACCUGCUGAGAAAGAGAAAUCUAAGGAGAAUGUUCCGCAGAAAGUAGAGCCUAAAGUAGUACUAAAGCCGGCUAGUGAUAACAAAGAAGCAUCUAAGCCAUUACCUCUGCAAACUGCAAACAAAACUUCUAUAUUUGGUACAGCGCCACAACCAGUUUCAGAAACAACUGCCUCUACUCCCAGUGAGUCCCAAAAACCCGUGGAACCAAAAUCGGAAACUAAAGCAGAACCAGUGAAAGUACCAGAAAAAUCUGAGGAAAAAACAUCGUCCAAUAUAUCGUCUAUAUUCGGCGCAGUCAAUCUUGCGGCUUCUGCAGAUAACAAAUCACAACCUAGUACUCCUACGACUGAACAAACAGCACCGAAACCAGACUCUGGAAAAGAAUUAGAAACAACUACAUCAGUGAAACCUUCACUUUUCUCUGCUACAACUACUGCAAGUCCUUCUGCGGCGUCAGUAUUCGGAGCGGCUGUGACGUCACAAGCAAAGCCUGCGUCACCAGCCACGUCGAUAUUUUCCUCAGGAGCUCAACCAUCACCAACGCCUCCCUCUGUCUUUGGAACAUCAUCCCAAGGAUCGAUAUUCGGAAACACGUCACCAACGGCUACAACAGCAGCUUCAGUAUUUGGUUCUACUGCUCAAUCGGUAUUCAGUAGUGCAGCCAAUGCAACGAAACCCUCAGUGUUCAGUACUCCAGCACCAGCAACUCCUGAAGCGCCUCCGUCACCUCAAUCAGUGUUUGGUUCAACAACAGCCCCAGCAACAACACAGGCGGGAUCAAUAUUUGGUUCAACUUUCGGUCAAACGCCUGCUUUUGGUGCAACUACUACAUCAGCACCGUCGUCUCCAACAUCAGUGUUCGGAGCUUCGACUACGUCACCAGUCUUCGGUACAACGCCGACCACACAAGCGUCGGUUUUCGGUGCAGCAACGACUACAACGCAAUCUGUUUUUGGAUCACCAACUCCUGCUACUACACAAUCGUCUAUAUUCGGCAGUGCGACGCCUACUACUCCAAGCGCUUUCACGUCGACGACUACCCCAUCUUCUGGUGCACAGAGUAUAUUUGCUUCGGCGACUACGACAAAACCGUCAGUAUUUAGUGGUGCUGGGUCUUCCGUUUUUGGGUCAGCAUCGCCUAACACCGGGCCUUCUGUAUUCGGUGCCCCUUCAACUCAAGCAUCAGUAUUUGGGGCGACAACUGCUACAACUCAGUCUUCGGUAUUUGGGUCGCCAACGCCUACUUCGCAAGCUUCGGUAUUCGGCAGUGCACCGACAACGCAAGCGUCGGUAUUCGGCUCUCAGCCCGCUACGACGACUCAGAGCUCUAUAUUUGGGGGCGGUGAAGCUAACAUGUUUGCGGCUGCUAGCAUAUCUACUACGAGCGCACCUUCGCCGACUACUGGCGGCAGUAUAUUUGGGGGUGGAAGCAGUUCGCCAGGCUCAGUAUUCGGCGGUGGGAGCACCAAUGUAUUCGGCGGUAAGGCAACAUUCGGCCAGACUAAUUCGUCGGCGGCCGCGAUUUUCGGCGGUGGUGGCGCCACGGCAUUCGGUCAACAGAAGCCAGCUACCAACUUCUGGUCUGGUGGCAGUGGUAAUACUGAAGGGGGAUUUGGAUCUACUGGAUUUGGCCAAACAGCAACAACGCAAGCUUCAUCAAUAUUCGGCAACACGACGGGCGGUAGUUUCAGCACUCCAUCUCCAACAGGCCAGGCGUUUGGUAGUCCACAAGCACCGGCGUUCGGCGGUGGUGACAAACCGUCUGUUUUCGGAUCGCCACAGCAAUCCGGUGAGUCACCCGCGUUCGGUGGUUCCGCGUCCUUUGGUGCUAAGCCCCUAUUUGGGCAGCCUUCUGGCUUCGGAUCGCCGCCAAGCGGAGGAGGUUUCGGCUCAUCGUUCGGUGGUUUCAACAAGAGUCCCGGAGGUGGCUUUGGGGCACCGGCUGCUUUUGGGGGCGGAGCUACCUUUGGAGGGGCGGCCUUUGGUAGCACAUCUCCUGGGAAAAUGUUUGGAGCUGCACAACCUACAGGUUUCGGUCAACCGACACAAUCCAACGCUACGUUCGAGAGCUUAGCGACACAGAACACGCUGACAUUCGGCAAUCUCGCGCAACAGGCGCAGGCGCCUCAACCACAAGCACCUAGCUUCAACACGUCCCCAUCUUUUACUGGUUGGCGAGGCUGAGGAUUACUCAACAAGAAAAGGAGCAAACAACGAAAAGUAUAGUGCUCUUAGGACAGAAAAAUGCUAUAAAAUAAAAAAGAAUAGUUUUAGUGCCAAUAUUGUUUGUAAUGGUAUUUAAUGUUUAUAGCGGAUCAUUGUAAUCGAUUUUGCAUUAAUGAAUGAUAUUAUGAUAAUAAAGCUUGUAACCAGUUUA